UCCCGCCACAUUGCUCCUAUCUCUCAACGAUAGACAAUUGAAAAAACCCUACUUUUUCAGUUUCAAGUUCGUCUCUCCACAAAGCUGGUGAUUUUGGUGGCGUCCAAGUUUUGAGUUCUGUUCGAAAGAAAACAAUGGAUUUUGUCUCAAGAGAUAUGUUCAGCGGUCUGCCAGAUCCUCUCAUCUCCCACAUCUUGUCUUUCCUCCCGACAAAAGAAGCAGCUUCCACAUCGGUUCUCUCUAAAAGGUGGCGCUUUUUGUUUGCCUCUGUGACAAAUCUUGAUUUUAAAAGCAACGGCAACAGUCCAAGUUUCAUGGAGUUUGUUGAUAUGUUAUUGGAUCUCCAAGGGACUGCUCCUUUAAAAAGAUUCUCUCUCCACUUAACUGAUUAUCCCGAUCCAGUUCAUGUCACUGUUUGGAUAUUACAUGCUUUGGGACGCGGUGUUUCGGAUCUUACUCUACGCCUCUCGGAGUAUCCCUUGCCUCAUGAGAUCUUUGUUAGCAAGACACUGGUUAGGUUGAAACUAGGAGAAGGACAUGAUGUCACUUUCAGCGCUGAUGUUGAAGAUGUGUUUCUUCCAAAGCUCAAGAUUCUUGAUAUUGAUUCCGUUGUGUUUGAAGAAGAAGGUGUUGGGUUUGCGAGGCUUCUCUCUGGCUGUCCCGUGCUUGAGGAGUUGGUUCUCACGAAUAUGGGGUGGGAAAACUGGGAGUUUUGCUCUGUUUCUGUCACAACCCUCAAGAGGCUAACGAUCUUCUUGGAUGACUUUGAUGAGAAUCCAAUGAGCGUCUGGUUUGAUACUCCAAACCUUGAGUACUUGGAAUAUUCUGACAAUAUUGCGAGAGAGUAUCCUAAGGUUAAUUUCAGUUCGCUUGUUGAAGCUCAUAUCGGCCUUCGACUCUCUGAAGAUCAAAGUGCAGAUGCAGACUUCUCUGAAGAAGAUGGCUAUUUCUCUGAAGAGUAUGAAGAGGAGAAGGAGAUGGUUGGUAAUGCAACAAAUUUUCUUUUGGGAUUAUGCAAUGUUCAGAUCUUAUAUCUAUCUGCCAAAACACUUGAGGUAUGUACUUUCUGCUGUGAAGCUACACCGGUAUUUAACAACCUGAUUCAGUUAACGAUUGAGAGUAAUGAUGAAAGUGGAUGGGAUUCAUUGCCAGCUCUUCUACCGAAUUGUCCAAUUCUAGAAACCCUUAUUUUCAAGGGUCUUGUCCACAAAAGUACCGAUGGAUGUGGCAACAUGUGCCUUUGUAAACCUCUGAAGAAUCCUUCUUGCCUUUCAUCUUCUGCUGUGAAGGUGCUAAAGAUCAUUCUAUCUGUAGACAUCGAUGAUGAGGGGAUGGAAAUGGAGCAGAUAAUGCAUUUUUUGGAGAAAAUGCCACGGAUUGAACAGUUGGUAGUUUACUUCAACAUAUCAUAUGACCCUUCCGUGUUUGAUCUAUCCAAGAAGCUUCAGAGUAUUCCUAGAAUAGCUUCACCAAAGUGCAAUUUCCAAGUAAUCUCACCGAAUCUUAGCUUGUCCUCUACUUUGCCUUCUACCUUAUCAAAGAAAUGGUCUGCUCCUCCAAAUGAAGAAUACUCCUGGUUUCUCAAGGCUUUGACGUAAACUCAAAGCAGUUAAGGUUUCCUUUUUCUUAUGUCUUUUGUACUCUGCUCAGCAUCUUAGUUUACAGACUGCUGUGUUAUGCUUUUGUUGUACUUUUUGAAACUUAAGAAUGCUAAGUUUGUGUUGUGUUAAAUCACAA